AUGAAUGCAGAGCAGUCAACAGAGAAGGAAUUGAAUAUAACUUCCGAGUUAGCGAGCCAGAAAAUCCUCGGUAUGUGGUGGGAUACGCAGGAUGAUGUGUUCAAGUACAAGAUCGGAUGGACGAGAUUUGAUUCAGCGCUUCUCGAUGGAAGUCGUUGUCCCACCAAACGGGAGAUCCUUAGGACACUGAUGACCAUCUACGAUCCUGUAGGGCUGAUAGAUCACUAUUUGGUUCUACUGAAAAUCCUGCCUCAGGAGGUGUGGCGUACUGGGAUUGAUUGGGAUGAGCCUAUCACUGAAAAUCUGUUCGAGAGGUGGCGUACGUGGAUUCGUCUUCUCCCGGAAUUGGAGAAACUUCGGAUCCCAAGGCGUUACCGGCAAGUUGUAUUGUCGAUAGAAGAGGCUGCAGGAGAUAUGCACGUCUUCGUUGAUGCCAGCGAAAGUGCUAUGUCAGCCGUUGUGUUUCUGCGAUUUACGAAAGGUGACCAGCUGGAAUGUUCUCUGGUUGCGGCUAAGACUCGAGUAUCACCGAUGAAAUACACCUCAAUCCCACGGUUAGAGCUGCAAGCCGCAGUUCUGGGGUGUCGAUUGGCUGCCAAUGUAACACGAAGCCUGACGAUGAACAUUUGUAAGCGUACAUUUUGGACAGACUCUCGAAAUGUGCUCUGUUGGCUGCGUGCCGACCACAAGCGAUACAGUGCUUUCGUCGGAUCAAGAAUCAGCGAAAUAUUGGAAUCUACGGACAUCCACGAUUGGAGAUGGGUUCCGACUCGAUCUAAUGUCGCUGAUGAUGGGACCAGAUGGCGAGAUCGACCUGACCUAUCGUCGGAGAGCAGGUGGUUCAAGGGUCCAGAGUUCCUGAUGCAAGCAACAGAGAAGUGGCCCAGCCUUCCAGUAAAGAUCUCUACCGAGGAAGAGAUGAGACCCAGCGUAUUGUUCCACAUCAGUGUUUCCGAAUCGGUAAUCGAUGUCAGCAGGUUUUCGAGUUGGCGACGACUGUUGAUAGUGACCGGAUACGUGCUUCGUUUCUGCACGAACAUUCAACGGAGCUGUAGGAAAGUUCCCUUAAUUGCUGGACCACUCAUGCGGGAAGAGCUUCGCAGUGCGGAAGCACACCAUUAUCGGCAAGCGAACGUGACAUAUACCAUGACGAGGUUGCAGUGUUGGUGGCUAAAGAAGAAAGGGGAAAACAAAUUCCAAAGGCGAGUCCGCUCUACAAGCUGA